UCAGAUGAAGAGAGACGAGAUGCACACGAUGAUCAACAGACGGAUGUGAGGAUAGUUCUUCUGGGUCAAACUGGUGUCGGGAAAAGUGCGUCUGGAAACACAAUCCUGGGACAGAGAGAGUUCAGAUCUAAGAUGAGCUUGNAUGAAGAGUUAAUAACAGAGAUAGCGAAAAGUGUUUAUUUAUCCAGUCCUGGGGCUCACGCUUUUCUCAUUGUGUUUCCUGUGAAUAUAAGACUCACUGAUCAGGAGUUACAGAUUCUUCGAAUGAUUGAGAUCAUGUUUGGAGAAGAAGUGUUAAAAUACUCCAUCGUUCUCUUCACUCAUGGAGAUCAGUUGGAAGAAGAGCCUGUAGAGGAACUCAUUAAAGACAACUAUAGAGUUAGACGUCUAGUAGAUCAGUGUGGAGGAAGAUAUCAGGUGUUCAACAAUAAAGAUCUGAAUAACAGAGAGCAGGUGAAUGAUCUGCUGCAGAAGAUUGACUCAAUGAUAGAGCAGAACGGAGGACGACACUACAGUAAUCAGAUGUUUGAAGAUGCUCACAGAAUCAGACUAGAGGAAGAAGAGGAAGAAGAAAGGAGACAACCAGAAACCAAGUGUGUCUGUAGUUGACGAUUGUGCAUUCUUCGAACACGGUUAAUGACAGAGAUCCUCAAAGAUCCUGGACCUUGUGCUUUUCUUGUGUUUAACGCCUUUAAUAGAUUCACUGAUCAAGAGAAGUUUCAGUGUUGAAGAAAUUUCCAAAUACAUUCUAUUUACUCUGGAGAUUUGCCAAAAGAAAACUCUCCAAAAAAAGCACAGGUUAGUUGAUCUAGUUGAUGGAGGUAGAGUUCACAUUUCAGUUGAUUAAUGAUUAUCAUGAUCAUUUGUAUCAAAUGAUGCCUGGUUUAUCGAUUUAUCCACUUGCUUUGUUUCUACUAGCUAUUGUUUGUCAUUGCACCCUUUUAGUGCUACUCUUUUUUUGUUGCAUGUACAUUGUGAAAUUUCAUUGAGCCCUGGAAAGGUGCUAUAAAUAAAGCUCUUUUGAAGAUG